GAAUUAUCCCGGCAAAAACAGGUGGCAAGCUCAGCAUAUCACGGACCGGCACGCCGUAGCUGUGCUCCGUGAUCUCUCAAAGCGGGUCGAGAAGCGCCGCGAACGACUGCCGCGCCUCCGGAGGCGCCAGCGGCCGACAGCCUGAAAUCGGCUCUCUAAGCAAAAGAGCGCAACACCGCGCCGGGGAGGCACGCGCCGCGCUAACGCACGCCGCCGCUGCGCCCAAGAAAGGACGCCGCGCUGCGCCUUACACGAAACCAACACACUGCCGCGCGAAAGCCGCACCGCCACCAUCAAAAUGGCGUCCUGGGUCCAGAACAUGGGCUUGAGCAAGGGCUCCCACUUAGUGGAAGGCAGUACAUUGAUGCCCAAGUGGGAGGACCGCAGUGGCAUCGCCAUCGCCGAGAACAACAUCAAUUUAUUACCGAAAAAUGUGGCGCAGGACCCGAUGCUGGCCAAGGGCGCGCUCUUCGAGAUCCACGGGGAUCAAGAAACAUUUAAUUUACAUCAGAUGUUGUAUGAAAAGACCUUUGAAAGUGAAUAUUUUAAAGCGCUAUUUAUUUUCAAGACCUUCGAGAAAGUCGUCGAUGUGAUCUACGAAAAAGUAUCUUAUGUGGAACCCUGGGCGGCGACGGAGGUGAGAUCACCGUCGUCGGCCUACUGUUUGCUGCUGAAGUUGUUCCAUCUACGCUUGACGGAGCCGCAAAUCCGGGCGCUGUUGGAUCAUGGAGACUCGACGUAUAUCCGAGCGUUGGGCGCUUUGUACGUGCGCUACGCCUGCCCCCCGGAACAAUUGUGGCGGUGGCUCGGCGAUUAUGCGGAUGAUCUCGAGGAGUUCGCACCUGGUUUGGAUAAGACCAAGGUGACUACUUUUGGCGAGUACUGCCUGGGAUUACUCACUGACUUACAGUACUACACGACGAUGCUGCCUCGCAUACCGGUGCCCGUCAUGCGCACGAUCAAAGUCGAAUUAGUACUCUUCGAGGAGAUGGUCCGGAGGGGCAAGAAGAAUUCUAGGUAUCUAGAUUUCCUGCAGCCGGGCGCGGUCGUAAGGGCCAUUUUCAGAGAUGAGGGCAAGGACCCGGCCUGGCACGAGGCCACCGUCGUGUCGAGGAUCGAGCCCUACGAAGGCGCGCCCGAGGGCACGCUCCCCACCUUCCGCGUGCAGUUCUCCGAGGCCUGCGGGUCCGUCGUCGAAAUUGUGAAAACGGGGCAGAUCGACCUGCCGGCGUCCGUCACGACUGACAAGUCUGAUCGGGACCGCUCGCGGCGCGAGCGCUCUCGUCGCGACCGCGACCGCGAUAGAGGAAGGCGGCGGCGCGACGACGACGACGAGCCGCGCGACCGGCGCGGCUACGACGCGGACCGGCGGCGGCGCGAUCGCGACGACGACCGGGGGCGGCGCCGCCGCGAUGACGACGGCGACCGCGACCGCGACCGGAGCCGGCGCGACCGGUCAAGAGAAAGGAGCCGGCGCGACCGGUCGCGCGACCGGAGCCGCCGCGACCGGAGCCGGAGCCGCGAUAGAAGUAGGCGGGACGAGCCGCGCCGCGACGCCGCGCCGGCGCGCCCGGAGGGCGAGUCGCUGCUGGCGGGCCGCGACAUCAUGGGCGACGUCAUCGCCGCCGAGCGCGCGGAGGCCACCGUGGACCACAAGGGCGACUGCUACCGGCGGCCGAUCGGCUUCAACACCGCGCUCAUCGUGGCCUCGGACAAGUACACCUACAAGGCGCGGGCGCGGUCGCGGUCGCCCGACCGCGUCAAGGAGGUCGUGCACGUGGCGCCCGUCGUGCCGAGCCGUCGGGAUGAUUAAGACAUACA